CAGAGGAUUGUUUUUCUGUCACGUCGUGCGCACGGAUGGUAAGCUAACGGAUAAUGCAAAGUUAAAACUUAAAAUAAAAGAACGCCGACUGUUGCCGGAAAAAAAAAGGCCGCGCAGCACGGAACGGUUCGACUGUUCGGACCGAAUCGUUCUCUCGCCCGGACUUUUCUCCGCGGACAUGUGGGGCGGCCGUCACCGCAGAGAGAGGCACACGUUAGGUAACGCGAGCUAACCAACGUUAGCGACAGCCUGCUAACCGAAAGGCCGCGGAGAAAUACAAGAGAGAGAGCUGCUUCCUGUUCUGGCUUCAAUCCGAGAAUGUAGGUUACAUCACGACCCGAGUAACACAUUCAGGAACCGGUUAACUGAAGUGGCUCGUUCGGUGGAUUAAUCGAUUGCAUUUGAGUUUUGAUUUUUUGUUUUGUUUUUGAGUUUGCAGGCUCGCCUAGCCGUGUGUGAGCCUCUUCGGCUAGCUAGCGGUAGCAUGAGCGAACUGACGGGCUGCACACAGUCCGCUGACUCUGCGUCGAGGAAACGGUGUCCGUCGCCCGAGCAGGAUGAAGGCAGCGCGAUUCCCAGCAAGUCGGCGAAAGUAAGUGACGCACCGGAGGCGGCGCGGGUGAGUUCGGAAACUUGCAAAAACAGUGAAGCUGAGAGUAAAGAAACAGCUGGAAGCCAGUCGAAAGAGAGGGAGAAGGAGUCAGCCGCCGCCGUGCAGAGGGAGCAGAGUUCAGAGUUCAGUUCACUGCCUGUCAACAACUCCAGCACGGGUGCCAGCAACUCAGAAAAGCCGGAGUCGUCAGACGCACCGGGGUCUGCUGGUGGAAAGAAAAACGCAGCCAAGACAGAGGCGUCCAAGUCCUCAAUUCCUCUGGAGCAAACCGACUCAGCAGCCAUAGCAGCCGCCGAAGCACUCGCUAGUCUCACGGGAGGAGACGGAGAGGACAGUCGAGAGACCCCUUGCUCAUCCGAGAAGGUUAAGCCGGCGAAACAGGGGAGCAAAUUCAAACAACGCGGGGCCCACCAGUCCUCAAGAGUGGGCUCUAGGACACAGGCGGCUGCUGCGGACAGCUCCACAUCCGUGCACAGUACUGACCGAGAAGAUGCGGACGAUAUGCAAGAAGCGGAGGAAGGCGACGAAUCGAUAUCGGGUUCUUCCUCCACCCCGAGCUCCUCUUUCCCGUCAGACAAUGAGGACAAUGACGACGGGGAGUGUGCCAUCGUGUCGGUGAAGAUGGCCCCGGAGAUGAGGCAGUCUGUGGCCCUCCUGGCGCAGGUGCAGAUGAGGCUGGAGGCUCUUGAGAAAAAGGGCGCCCGGCUUCACCAAAAGCUGGAGUUGAAGAUCAGUCGUCAGCGGCGUCCGCAGUUGGAUCAGCGCAGCUCCAUCAUGAAAACCAUCCCUGGCUUCUGGGUGACGGCUCUGUUGAACCAUCCACAUCUUUCGGCGCACAUUGAUGAGACUGAUGAAGAUGCUCUCAGCUACAUGACGGAUCUCGAGAUUGAGUCGUUCAAGAAUAACAAACUCGGCUACAGGAUCCGCUUCCACUUCAGACGAAACCCAUACUUCCAGAACAACAUCAUCAUGAAGGAGCUUCACCUUGGGAUGGGAGGAUCUCCCAUGUCCUUCUCCAACCCCAUCCUCUGGCAUCGUGGACACAACCUGACGGCCCACAGUGAACCCAGGAAGUCGUCACACGGUGUUUACCAGACCUUUUUCAGCUGGUUCGGUGACCAUAGCAACCCAGGACAAGAUGAUGUAGCACAGAUUCUAAAGGACGACCUGUUCAGAGACCCUCUGAGAUACUACCUCACUCCACUGUGGGAACCGAGGGAGAACGGCAGUGGUGGCAGCGGGGCCAGAGCAGCUGACAACGGUAAUGGAGACGAUUGUGUCGUGAUCUCUGACUCGGAUGAGGAGCCCGGGGAGGACGCUGGGGAGGCUGAUCAAGGUCACAGUCGGGAGGAGGAGGAGGAGGAGGAAGAGGAGGAUGAAGAGGAGGCGGCGGAGGAAGAAGAAGAGGAGGAAAAAGGGCCAAGCGCUGGCUCUGAUGACAGCGAACAGGACGAAGAGGAGGAGGCCUGAGAAGAGGAAGAGGAGGAGAAUUGGACCAGAGACCAGGAGGAUGAAGAGGACGCCUGGUUUGGAAGAGACCCAGAGCAAUUAAUUGUCAUUUUUAUGCACAGAAUAUCUUUUUUUUUUUUUUUUUUUUUUUUUUUUUGUUGUUUUAUACCUAAAACAGGUAGAAACCAUUUUCAAUCAGGGUUAACUGUAAUAAUAAAGCCAAGGCAGCAUGUUUCCCCCUCUAUUUUAUACAGUCAGUGCUGUGUAUUCUGAUGUGCUCUGAUUCACUCUUUUUGCAAAUUGUUGUUUUCUUAAUAAUCUGUUCUUCGGCAUGUUGUGCCUGUCGAUUCUCAUUCAAGUAGUGUUUCUCUGUCGAUGCGGAACAUACUGCAAAGCCUACACACAAACACACAUGCACACACACGGUGGGGAGAAUAGGUGAGGGAUUGUCGCGACUUAAGGCAUAAUAAAUGUUCUUCAAAACAAAAAAAAAAUGCAGAAAGUUAAAGUGGCAUUAACAGCGGUCAUUUUAAAGGCGAUUAAUUAUGUCUGUUACAAGAAUCAACGUGUCAAAAGAUGAACUUGUUUAAAGCUAAAUUGAAAUAAUGAUGGCCGUACAUUUCAGAUGCACUGAGCACUGAACCAAAAUUAGCUCUCAGGGAUGAUCAUGGUGGUAGUUUGAUUGAACGGACUUGACUGAUUUCCACACAUUCACACUCUGGUUGUUGUCGGCUGUGUAUAAGGAAACGUGUACUCUACUGUAGUAAUAGGACCAGAUAUUGUUUUUAAAUAUGCUACCUGUGUUCUCCUUAACUCUAUGUUCAGUCUUCUCACACACAACUCCCCCCCCGACCCAUUUUAUCCAAUCUCUGAUCUCUAAAUCACUGCGUACUUUGACCAAUGUGUCCGUGGAUCCCUUCCCCUUUUUUUGUAACAUGCUCCUCCAAUAAGUAGUUUUGUAUUUUUCACCUCCGGAUUUUUAACUUACUUUGAUUUGCAUUCUGAAACAUUUACAAUUUGAGGUCAUGUCAUGUGUUUUUAAAGAUUUGUUGUGUUAUUGUUUUCUUUUUAAAAAAGACUGUAUUUAUUACAUUGCUUUUUUUUUCUUUUUUUUUUCUACAUGUCCACAUUAUGGCAUGCCUGUGAGCAUGAAGUGUAAGACGGGAUGAUAACAUUAAGGCUUUCGUUCUGUGCAGUGUCGGUAAAUGUCGUUUCACACACACCAACACCACGAGGUGCACUGUAACAAAACUCUAGUGUUUGUAUUUGCUUCCUUUUCUCAGCAGGUCCCUGUAAAUAAUAUUUCACCUCUGUCUUUUGGAUGAGACAAUUACACACGUUUCAUGGGUAAAUUUAUCAAAUAAUCUGGACUUUUUUCAUAAACAUGAUCAGAAAGGUAUAUUUUGUGUGCUGUGUUUUAUAGGACACCGUAGUUUAAGGAUACCUUCUUGUUUGUUGCUUUGGUUUGAUUUUGUUUGCUUAAAGAUAAAUGUCUACCUUUUGACUCGACCUAAUAAAAUAGGUAGUUGUUUCA